AUGAAGAUGAGAGCAGAAGAGCGAAAUGAUUUGAGUCAAAUGAAGUUGUCUCCUGUUCCUGAGCCAACGGUCGGCGAGGAGAAUAAAGCCUUGAAACCCGGGACAUCGAGAUCUGCUGCUGGAAUAACAAGUCAAUUCAAUAUUCCGUCAACUUCCAGAAACUGCCCAAGCCCCAGCCCUUCUUGUUCAUCAAGCAAUUCGAUUUCGACGUGCUCGGUCAACUCAUCGAGCUCAAAGUCGACGAAUCGCAGCUCCAACUCUGAAGUCUGCUUUUUGAAACCGGAAGUGGGGCGAUUCGCGACAGAGAAGUACGAGCCAGCCAGUUCCACUUUUGCAGUUCCUCCGCCGAUUCUCGUCAGAUUGGAAGAAAAUAUCCGCAAAGAAGCAGACAAAUUCCUCACUUCCGAUUCAUCCCUAACUUCCGAGGAUUCUGAGUCCGAAGCGCGAAGUUAUAAAACUCUCCGCCCAAAGAAAAGCGAGACCCCUCGAAAAUCUAGAGCCAGAAGUCAGAGCUCGAAGCACAAGCUCCCAAAAACCAACCAAACCGAAUCAGAAAGCCCAAAAGAAGCAAACCAGAAGCAAUCAGAACUAGAAUCAGCGAGUUCCUCGUCGACAAAAAAAUCGUCUCCGAAAGUCGCCAAAAAAGGACCGGCAAAGCGAAUGGGGGCAAAAUGCUGCAAAAUAAAACCAGUUCAAAAGUCGAAUAUCAUCAUCACGAAUUUCUCCGCUGUGCUUGAAGACAAACCGACUGAAAUCAAGGAAGAGUCCAAAAUCGUCCUCCGAUAUAAGUCACCAUACUUUCUCGCCGACGCCACAGUUAUUUUUCCUCCAGUGAUGAAAAACGAGACAUGGACGGUCGGAUGGAUUCAAGCUUGUUCGGAAAUGCAGUUUGUCAACACUUACGGAGAGCUGGGCUGCUCAAGUUGGGAAAUUCCAGCCUUGAUAAAAAACGAGAUCGCUUUUGUUUCCGAUUCCGACGGAGUUAGUUAUCCCUGGUAUGGAUCAGGGUCCGAGAUCGCCACGAUAAAAGGUCCCUGCCCGUCCUACUCCGAGCUGAAUGUCAAGAUGAACGACAAUUUCCAUCCUUCUGUAACCUGGGACGUUCCAGUUUCCGAGCGAGAAAAUGUUCAUUUGACGAGUAUUAUGAGAGAUCAAAGCUUUAUCACGUGGCUUGCCGCUGUUAAUGAAAGCACUGGAAAGAUAAUUGUGCUUAAAACUGUCAGAUGGAGAUUCAAGCUUAAAAUCGAGGUAGAUCCGACCAAAGACCUCGGGGAGCGGGGAAAACUUGUUCCAGUCAAACAAGAAAAACCUUCAAUCCAAAGUGGAGGAAAUAUCAUUCCCAAAACUGCGCUUAUAAAACCCUCGGCGAAUAAUUCUCAAGUGCUCGUUUGGCGACCGAAAAGUGGGACGGAAAAAGUCGUUGUCAGCGCAAAAGAGGCUUACAACAAAGAUGAAAAAGUUUCGUUUUUUAAUGGCGCUUCUGUAAUGGACAGAAAGAGGCAUUUAGUCAGAUUUAUUUCCGACGAGGAAGCGAAAAAAGCUUGUGAAAACGCAAAAAGCUGA